GGAAGCGCGGCAAGGAUGAGAGCAAGUAAGUAUGAUGUGUUGAGAGAAGUGUGGAAGAGUGUGGCUGUGCCAUGUAUAAUGUAUGGUAUGGAUGUGAUUGCAUGGAAUGAAAGUGAAAUUGAUAAGUUAGAAGUGGGCCAGAACAAAGUAGCAAGGAUGGCACUGAGUGCACCGAGGUGCACAGCAGUUGAAGCCUUGAGAGGUGACAUGGGAUGGAGCACCUUCAGAGAAAGACUGACAAAAGCCACACUUAGGUACAAGAUUAGGCUUGAGAGAAUGGAUGAUGCAAGAAUAGCAAGGAAGGUGUACCUGUGGAAUGAAAGUGGAAGCAAAUGGAGGAAGAGAUGCAUGAGAAUGACAGACAGGAAUGGAUUGCAAGUUGUGUGGGCGAUAAGAAUGGCUGGGAGGAAUCAAAAUGAGCGUGAAUGGGUGGUAACAAGAGGAGGAAGAGUGGGAGCCGAAUGGGAUGUGAGAAAAUGGAAGAAUGAGAUAGACAAAGAAGUGAAAUGUGUGGGACUGAAUGAAUGGAAGAAUGAGAUGGAAAGAAAGAAGACCCUGGAAUGGUACAAGGAGAAAGAGGCCCCGAGGUAUGAAAGGUGGUAUGAUGGAAGCCUGGGCGGUGAUCUUCUCUUCCGAGCGAGGGCACAGUGUAUGGAUGUGAAUGCAAGGAGUUACAGGUGGUCUGAGUCCCGCAGCAAAGUGUGCCAGAUGUGUGACAUGGGAGAGGAUGAGACGGUGGAACAUGUGGUGCUGGAGUGUGUGCAGUAUGCCAGAGACAGAAAUGAGAUGAUGCAAGUGAUACUGACUGAGUUAGGGCAUGAUAGGAAUGAAAGAGUGGAGAAGACAGGAAAGGAAUGGAUGGUGUUGUUGCUGGGACUGGGUAGAGAGGCCAAUGAAAGGAUGAUUGAGGCGGUGAAAGAGUUUCUGGAGAGAAUGUGGCGUGCCAGGUGUAUGAACCCCGAAUCUAACGUGCAGUGGAAGAUGGAAGACGUGGAUGAGUCUUACUUCGACUGGAGCGACGACGAGGACAUCAUAUGCAGCUCAAAGUAUAUCAGUUCUGAUGAGGAGGAGGAUGAUCUUUGCUCCAUUCUUGCAUAUAAGGCACACCAGAAAGGAGGAAGUGUGUUUAAUAGCAAGCGCAAACAAGAUGAGGAGGACGACUUUGAGAAGGAAAUGGCCUCGGAGCUCUCCCAGACCAUGCAGUACCUGACUUCCUCCCUUGGUGUGCCAGGAAGCAGUGCUGCCUCAAAGUCAACUGAUGAUAAUGCCAAAAAAACACCAGAAUUUUAUGAUGAUGUCUACUUUGAUUCUGAUGAUUCAGACCCUGAAGAAACCACACCAGAUCAGGCUCUAAAAGGAAAGCAGAGGCAACCCCGCCGCCACAAAGUGUUGUCCAAUGACGAGCUCUUCUAUGAUCCCACAAUGGAUGACCGCGAUCAAGAAUGGGUCAACCAGAAGAGAAGGUCCUACCAACCCAGAGGGAGAAGACCUGGCCGCACACUGGGUGUAGAGAACAACAAUACAAUCCAACUCCCACCAAGUGAUGCUGUCCUCAACUGUCCUGCCUGCCUCACAACACUUUGUAUGGACUGUCAAAGGCAUGAGAUCUAUCACAAUCAGUAUCGAGCAAUGUUUGUCUUCAACUGUGUUGUGAAUGUGACGGAGCGGCUUAGCUACCCAAGGAAGGAUCAGAAAAAGCAAGACUUCUUCAAAAACAAGAAGGCCCGAAAGAACAAAAAGCAAGGUGUGGAGUUGGAGACAAAAGGUGAACAGAGGGAGACAGCAGCAGUAGCAGCCAGCACAGUUGGAUCUAGUGUUGAAGCUGAAGAGAAUCCUUCUGCCAACCAAUCCAUUAACCCUACAGCAAGCAACUCUCACUCCCCUAGUGAUCCAUCAACCCCAAACACAGACAGUAGUGCUCUUAGUUUGGGAAAAGAUUUAUAUCACCCUGUCAUGUGCAAAAUCUGCAACACUAAAGUUGCUGUGUAUGAUUCAGAUGAAGUGUAUCACUUUUUCAAUGUUGUCACAAGCUAUUAAUAUAUUUUUGGUCGUGGUAGAGUCAUUUCUACCAUAUAUACUCCCCAAAAAUAA